AUGAUCACGGAAGCGCUGGUGGUGUCCAAGCCCGGCGCACCGUUUCGCUACCAAAAAGUCGAGCUCGACGAAACGCUCCGGGCCGAUGAAGUGGCAGUGCGCAUCAAAGCCAGCGGAGUGUGCCGGACCGAUCUCAAUUUCGCCAAAGAAGCGUCUGUGCCAGAGCUGUUUCCCGCGGUGCUGGGCCAUGAAGGCGCCGGCAUUGUCGAACGCAUCGGGUCCGCCGUGACCAAAGUCUCGCCGGGCGACCAUGUCAUUGUCUGCUAUUCGUGCUGUGGAGAGUGCAAGUACUGCCUGCGCAAGGAGUCGUCCUACUGUGACCUGUGGUUCAAGUACAACUUGGGCGUGGGCCGGCUGGACGGGUCCAAGACCUUCUCGUCCGCCACGGACGGCAGGCGAAUCACCUCGCAUUUCUUCGGGCAGAGCAGUUUCGCCCGGGACAUUCUGGUGUCGGAGAACGGCCUGGUGCGGGUCGAGAAGCACAUCCCCUUUGAAAUCCUGGCGCCGCUGGCUUGCGGAGUCAUGACCGGUGCCGGAGCAAUGCUGAACGUGGUCAAUCCUACUCACGACAUGACCGUCGUCGUCGUCGGGGUCGGGGCUGUCGGACUGUCGGCAAUCAUGGCACUCAAACUACUCGAGUAUCCUCCCAGAAAGAUCAUCGCCGUCGACAUUGUUGCCUCACGUCUCGAGAUGGCUCGCUCUUUCGGCGCGACUCACGGGGUCAAUUCCAAAGUGCGCCCGGAUCUGAUGGCAGUGUUGAUGGCCAUCACUCACGGCCGCGGUGUCGACGGUGCCAUCGACACCACAGGCCGACCGGAGAUUGUCACAGCCCUCAUUCACAGCGCUGCACGGAAAGGAAAGGUCGUGACAGUGGGGAUGGGCGAGCUCUCCACCGAAGUGUCGCACAAUAUAUUCGAAAUGGUUCAGGCUGGGUGCAGCUAUAUCGGCUGCAACCAGGGCGAUUGCUAUCCCCAGGAAUUCUCCCCCGAGCUCUUGACAGCGUGGCAGCUGGGCAAGUUUCCCUACGACCGAUUGAUUCGAACCUAUCCCGCCAAAGAGAUGGAGCAGGCCGCAAAGGACAUGCGUAGCGGGAAGACAGUCAAGGCGGUAUUACUCUGGGACUGA